AUGCAGGAAAACGAUCCUAUUGUAGAAGGAACAGAUGUGAGGGAUCAACACAAGGAUAGUAAACCCGUAGAAGUUAGUACAAAUGUGGAGGGAAGUCUCCCACAACAUCAUCAACCAAACACAAAACCCGUCGUUUUAUUCCCUGCGGGUCGUAGUAAUCAUCAAUCCUCUUUAUCAUCCUCUUUAUCUUCUUCAGCUUCUUCUUCUUCUUCUUUUAUCACAGCUUAUGCUCCUGGGGAACUGCAGAUGGUGGAAGAGGAAAUAAAAGAUCUUCUGAAGGGAUAUAGACAAUUGGUCGGGGAUAUAGAAGACACACCGCAAAUAGUGAAGAAGGUUGAUGAAUCGAUAGCAACAACAACAACAGCAACAACAGCAAAGACGAGAACAACAACAACAACAACAAUGGGUCCAACGAAUGGAUCUAUCAAAACGCAGAAACCUAUUAGGACGACUAGUGCAAAAGCCAAGAAAACGGCUACAGCUACAGCUACAGCAAAGAAAAAAACUAGUACAACUAGUAAAAAUGGUAUUCCACUUUCUCCUUCUCUUCAUCCAUAUUCUUCCUCUCCUCCUCCUACUCGUCCAACUGAUAUUACGGAUGGUGUUUCUACAGCAGCAGCAGCAGCAGCUAUUGUGGAUAUUGUGGUGGAUAUCAAUAUGAAUAGAGAGAAGAGCAAUGAAGUAAUGCCAAGCCCUGCGGUGGGAUGUGAUCGUGUUGUGCAGUCCAUCACUUCACUGCCUGUUUCUAGUGUUCGUGGGGAUCACUCCACAGAAGCAAACACACCGACGCCGUCUUUUCAAAUGCCCAAACAAAUGAGUCCUGAAGGAGAAAAUACAACCGGUGAGAAUGGAACAACAGCAGAUGCGGGAGGAGACUCUCAUGAACAGCAGCCAUUUGAACGCAUUUCAAGUUCUGUGGAUCUCUUUGCAGAUGCACUCACGGAGGAUCAUUUAAAUCGAUCCUUUGAGAUGCAAUUACAACGUCGACAACAGGAAUUAGAAUUAAUGCGGCAACAACAACUCCUACGGCAUGGAAUUCCAGUUAUUCAUAUGGCCUCAACAUCAUGUAAUAAUGGAAAUGGACGACUGCAGUGGAAUGCUGUUCCUUCUUCUUCUUGUUUAGAUGAAGGUUUAAAUCAUCCUGCCGUUUGGCGAGCAACAGGAACACCUGUACCGCCAUUUGUUAGGCAAAAUAAAAUGAGUCCAAAUGGUAGUAAAAACUCUAUAGAAGUAAAUGAUAAUGGAGGUGGGAAUUACAAUUCAGCAGCUGCAGAUGCGGUUGCGGUUGCGGCUUCUUCACAUCGUUAUCAAGAGGUUUCAUUUCUGCAAGACGAUAGAUCACCGUUAGAUCUCUCUUCAAGCCGUGGAAUGAUGAGGACGAUGAUGAAUGGACAACAGGAGUCGUACCCGUUAAGACCUGAAAACCCUAAUGAACAGGUAGAUGUAGGGAAUGUUAGAAUGAAUAAGUAUGCCCAUUUGUCCUUUCCAUCCAAUAAACAAUCACAAAAGGGAAUGAUGAAAACAAACCAACACACUCUAUUACUACAAGGAGAAGAAGGAGAAGAUGAGGAAGAAGAGGAUGAGGAACAGUUACGACUAUUACAACAGCAACAACAACAACAACAGUUGCAGCAACAGUAUUAUCUUCGUAAUAGAUCACGUCAUCGUGGGAAAGCAGUGGACAGUACAACACCAGAGAUUGCCACAAGUGCACGGCGAACAGAGAAUCCUUCUAUGCGCAGUGGAGCCACCGGAAGUAGAAGAAAGAAAACAACAACAGGAACAACAGCAGCCGCAGCCGCACAAAUGGGAACAACAACAACAACAACAAAUUCAGCAACAGCGGCACGACACAUGUUGAAUGAAUUUCGAUACACUAUGCCUGGACAAGUAUGGAGAGAAUUAGACGCGGAUGAUGGAUUAGGAUUAGCACCAGAGGAAGAGUAUAGAUUAAUAGAGGAAUCCGAUCUCGUAAGAGGAUAUAAAGAACAACAACAACAGCAGCAGCAGCAGACCAAACGGUAUGGGAAAAAGAAUUAUCAUCAUUCUUCUCCUCAAGGAAAUGAUGUAGAGUAUGAAUAUGAUGGAUAUCCAAAACCACACCAUUAUCGUCAGCGCCACAAUCAUCAUCCCCAACACGAAAGUGCGGCAACUCGAUUUCACAACAUCAUUGAACGCCGAGUAGCGGCUUUAGAGAGAAGAAAAGAUAACACCGGCACCGCAGCAGCAGCAGCAGCAGGAGGAACAAUAAAUAUCAACAAUAACAACACAAGAGCCCCAACCAUCACCACACAAUUGCCGUCUUUUGCCGAUUCUCUCGUGGGGGCGGCGAUAUCUGAUUUAUUUCCAGUCGUCAAACGUCGUCAGGCCCAAUUGAAGGAAUCUCAACUCGCAGAGGCCGCAGCCGCAGCGGCCGCAGAUGCCAAUCGCACCCGUGGACGAACACACGUCCGCAGCCGCACAGCUUUGAAUAAGGGCAGUGUUGGCACCGUAACAUCCACGCCGAGCACAACACCCACACCGAGCACAAAUGUACGCAGUUCACGGGGAUCGUGGGUGCCAGCGGCGGAGACAACUCGGCGACGGCAGCAGCAGCAACACCAGCGGCAGCAUGAAUGUUAA